CAUGGUUUUCUGAUUGUUACAGAUGGAACAAUCACAAAGUAACCCACAGCCACAAAAUAAUGCUGUUCAAGAUUCUCAAACUGGUUCAUCCAGAGGUAAAUCUGAUCCAGCUUGGCAAUAUUUUACAGUGAAGUAUGACAAAAAUAACAAGGCUCAAUAUACAUGUAUUUUCUGCUUGAAUACUUACAAUGGAGGGGGGAUAUAUUCAAAGAGGAGGAACCGAUUAGAGCAUCAAAGGCUAAGUGACAUUGUUUAUGUCACUUAUAAUCUACGCCUUCAAUCUAUAAUGCAUCGCAAGAAGAAUUAUGAUUCAAUUGACAUUCAAAGCAUUGACACAGUAGAUUUUUUGGUAAUGCCGGAUGAAAAUGAUCCUGAAUUUACUAAUGGAGACAUCGAAGGCAUUGAAAAUUUAAUUUAUACGGAUAAUGCUAUGCCUUCAUAUCCUAAAGGUGAUUGAAAUAGCAAAACUUGUUUCAUU